AUCCAAACUUCUCAACCAAAUCACUUGUCGCCAACCCAACUUCCUGGCUAUGUCUCAAAAGACACUUUUCUCCACCGUUUUCAUCACCCUCGCUGCCAUAAUGUUCGCCCAUGAAAUCCAAUCCGUUGAAGGAAGGCCUUUGAAGGGCAAAAGCAGCACACCACCGGCACCAUUGACUCCUACGGCUACAGGUUCCGUGACUCUGGCAUCCCAAUACCCACCACCACCACCACCCCACUCAAACUACACCUCGUUUCGUGAUCAGAAGAAGGCAGAGCCACUAGGUCCGCCAGCACCCACCCUUAACCCACCUAUUCACCACUAUGCUGCUGCCAUGCUGCGUCCACCACCGCCACCAUUAACUCCUGCGGCUACAGGUGCCGUGACUCUAGCAUCCCAAUACCCACCACCACCACCACCCCACUCAAACUACACCUCGUUUCGUGAUCAGAAGAAGGCAGAGCCACUAGGUCCACCAGCACCCACCCUUAACCCGCCUAUUCACCAUUAUGCUGCUGCCAUGCUGCGUCCACCACCGCCACCAUUGACUCCUGCGGCUACAGGUGCCGUGACUCUGGCAUCCCAAUACCCACCACCACCAUCCGAUUCAAACUACACCUCGUUUCGUGAUCAGAAGAAGGCAGAGCCACUAGGUCCGCCAGCACCCACCCUUAACCCACCUAUUCACCACUACGUUGCUGCCAUUCUGCGUCCACCACCGGCACCAUUGACUCCUGCGGCUAUAGGUGCCGUGACUCUGGCAUCCCAAUACCCACCACCACCACCACCACCACCACCCCACCCAAACUACACCUUGUUUCGUGAUCAGAAAAAGGCAGAGCCACUAGGUCCGCCAGCACCCACCCUUAACCCGCCCAUUCACCACUAUGCUGCUGCCAUGCUGCGUCCACCACCGCCACCAUUGACUCCUGCGGCUACAGGUGCCGUGGCUCUGGCAUCCCAAUACCCACCACCACCACCACCCCACUCAAACUACACCUCGUUUCGUGAUCAGAAAAAGGCAGAGCCACUAGGUCCUCCAGCACCCACCCUUAACCCGCCUAUUCACCACUAAAUUAAGAUUACAUCCCAAGGUUGAUCACGGCUUCAUCGAUCCAGACUGCUUCAUUGCUAAAUAAAUAAAAUUGAAUGAGUGUUCUGUUAGUCGGGUCAUUUCCUUUCUGCUAGAGAUGUAAUAUUGCUUUCUUUUCUUUGAUGCUGUGAUGUAAUAUUACUAUGUAGUGAGUUAGAUUGGAGAAAGAUUUGGAUUUGGAAUGAUUUUGUUGAUGAAUUUUUUUUGCUGGAAUGUACUGUGGAUUGCAAAAUCUUGAUUCUUGAAUAUGCAUGUUAAAUUUCAGAUACUUCAGUGUGUACGGAUGCAUUUAGGUUUGUAUUGAAUGAAUGCGUUUUUUUCGA